AUGGAGGUAGACUCGGGCUCGGUCUACUCCAUCAUAGACUGGCAACAACUGAAGCGCCUGCAACCCAGCAUCACCAAACGUGACCUGAAGCCAUUACACUCCAAGCUCAUCGACUUUGGGGGCAACCCCAUUGGAGUGUUAGGAAGAGCCAUCAUCCGAGUCGCCUACAACGAGUUCAAAGGCAAGCUCCCCAUCACCGUUGUGAAGGACAGCCGACCGAACCUGCUAGGAGUGGAGUGGUUUAAGCCGCUGGGGCUUUCAAUCGAAGGCAUCAACCAAAUUCGCAGGGACGAACUCGACAACCUCAUCGAAGAGUUCAAGGAAGUCUUCGAUGGUAAGCUGGGGAAAUUUGUGGGGAGGCCAAUCUCUUUUAAUCUGGACAAGGGAAUCACCCCAAUCAGGCUGAAGCCCCGCCGGGUUCCAUUUGCCCUGCGGCCUAAAGUAGACGAGCAGCUGGAUAAGCUGAUCGCCCAGGGCAUCCUGGAACCGAUCGAUCAUGCUUCAUGGGAGACCCCCAUUGUGACCCCACUGAAGCAUGAUGGGUCUGUGCGCAUCUGCGCCGACUAUCGUUGUACCAUCAACAAGGCGUUGGCACAGAGCGCAUACCCAGUCCCAGUAGUGCAGCACCUGUUGCAUUCCCUGGGAACUGGCACAAUUUUUGCAAAACUGGACCUAGCCCAGGCUUACCAGCAACUGCCAGUGGACGAAAAAACGGCGGAGGCCCAAACCAUAGUCACACACAGGGGGGCAUUCAAAUGCAACCGUCUCCAAUUUGGAGUCAGCGCUGCCCCCGGCAUCUUCCAAUCAAUGAUGGAACGCCUCCUCCAAGGCGUUCCAGGGGUGGUGCCAUACUUUGAUGAUGUGCUGAUCUCCGGAGACUCACAGUACAAUGAGACGCUCCCCAUUAAGCUAACCUGCGAUGCGUUGCCCUACGGGGUGGGGGCAGUCCUCAGCCACGAACUGCCCAACGGCUCUGAAGCCCCAAUAGCAUUUUUCUCAAAAACCAUGUCUGGCGCGGAACGCAACUACAGCCAGCUGGACAAAGAAGCCCUGGCCAUCGUUGCAGGAGUGAAACGAUUCCACGAGUAUCUCUACGGGAGGAGUUUCACCAUAGUCACCGAUCACAAGCCACUCCUGGGGCUCCUCGCAGGCGACCAACCCACACCGACCUUCAUGUCCCCGCGGAUGACGAGGUGGGCCAUCUUCUUAGCCGGCUACUCCUACAGGCUCGUGCACCAGCCAGGCACAGCCAUAGGAAACGCCGAUGCGCUGAGCAGAUGCCCAUUGAAGGAUCCUGUAGAAGACCCAGCCCCCACGCUCCACCUAUUCCACAUAGACGACGACGCCAGCUGUCCAGUCUCGUCUGCAGAUGUGGCCGUCCACACCCAGAAGGACCCCACACUCCGCCACGUAAAGUCCUGGAUCCUCAGGGGGUGGCCAUCGCAACAGACGGAGGAGAAGUUCAGCCCGUUCGCCAGGAAGCAGAAGGAGCUGUCCACCAUGAAGGGCUGCUUACUAUGGGGAGACAGGGUGCUGAUCCCAAGCACUCUGCAACGGCGGACACUCGAAACGUUGCAUAAAGGGCACCCAGGCAUCGUCCGCAUGAAGGCCCUGGCACGGAGUUACGUCUGGUGGCCCGCACUGGACAAAGACAUUGAAGAAUGGGUCUCCAGAUGUGACCCGUGCCAGGAAGUUCGCCCAGCGCCGCCACAAGCCGAAACAGCGAAGUGGGAGACCCCCAGCAACCCCUGGUCGAGGAUACAUAUCGACUUCGCGGGCCCGAUGCAAGGGCGCCACCUCCUCAUCGUGGUAGAUGCCUUCUCCAAGUGGCUCGAGGUGGUACCCAUGGCAUCUACCACAACGGAAGCGACGAUCCGGGCCCUGCGCCGCCUUUUCGCCACCCAUGGCCUACCGGAUGUGCUGGUCUCCGACAACGGCCCCCAACUCACAUCCCUGGCCAUGGAGGCGUUCCUGGCAGGACUGGGCAUCCGCCAUGCCCUGUCCGCCCCGUACAGGCCAGCUGGGAACGGACAAGCGGAACGGAUGGUGAGGCUCACCAAGGAGGCACUCACCAAGAUGGGCACGGGCGACUGGCAGGAAAGAAUAGACAACUUCCUCCUCACCCAGCACAUCACGCCGCAUGCCACCACCCACAAGAGCCCGGCCGAACUGUUGAUGGGCAGAAGGUUGAGGUCACCACUGGACCGGCUGCACCCACAAUACAGCCCAGAAGUGACCGCAACGGCCAGCCGCCCGCUUCGCGCCUUCAGCAAAGGAGAUUCGAUUUUCGCGCUGAAUUUCCACGGCUCUCCUAAGUGGCUGAAGGGGAAGAUAGACAGCACAACCGGCCCAAGAUCCUACACCGUGGAGCUGGAAGAUGGACAGGUCUGUAGACGUCACAUCGACCAGCUCCGGAAAAGGUGGGGGGGAGUGCAAGAAAACCAG